CACGAUGCAUAUGCGCAGAAAGCUUUUAGCCCCGGAAGUGCAGACGCUAGUGUGUUUACUUGUAAAGAUGUUUGUUUCUCUUCCACGUUGUGAUUAAUAACAGGGAAGAUGACGAGUGUUGAUUUAUCGGAAACUGCCAACUGGCAGAACCACGAAAUUGAGAGUUUACUGAAUAUUUGGUCGAAGAAGGAUAUUCAAAAUGAACUGGGUAACAUGCAUCAAAACUUGCCAGUCUACGAGAAAAUUUCUUCUCAACUUUCCUCAAUGGGAAUCAAUCGAUCAGCAAUAAGUUGUCGAGAUAAAAUCAAGAAACUUAAAUUCAAAUACAGACGAAUAAGAGAGAAAAAGGGCUACAAGAAAAGUAGUUUUAAGUUCUAUGACAUUCUUCGGUCGGUGUUGGGGGAUAGCGUAGAGGAAGGUGGGGAUGGGUACCCACAGCACGUGCCUCAUCAACCACGCCCACAUUCCCACCAUGGUGAUCACGCCAAUGGACAUGGAUCUCAUUACUAUCCUCAAGAAUACGACAAAUCUAGAUUCAGUCCAAGUGUUGUAAGCAAUGACAAUAACAGCAUGAUCUUGAGUGAUUCUGAGUCGGACAGUGAAUAUGAUUAUGUGAAAGGUGAUUUAUCUGAUGAUGAUUACCUACACGAAGAAAUGUCUUCUCAGUAUAGUGAGGCUCAACCGACAUCUAGUGCAACACAACAGCCAGCAGGUCCAAUGCAUGACGGUGGAGGAGCCGGUAGCUACAGUAAUAUGUUUAUGCAUGGAGGACCUAGCAGAUUUCCCAAAUCAAAUAAAACAGACAGUGUACCUAAAGAUGAUCCUGCCUCAUUUUGGCAGCAAAUGAACACAGGGCCACUUAAUGCUGCUCGAAUGGCAAUGAGUAGACGGGCAGAAUGUAUGAGAGGAGGAUUUGGGUUUGAUAGAGGUUUUGGAAUGAUGCACCAUCAUCAUCCCUUUAUGGGCCGCGGACAUGGGUGGCGGAGAGGAGGAGGAGGAGGGGGACGAAAAAGAGCUCGACUCGAGCAGACGUUUGAUAUGAUGUUGAACAAAGUAUCUCAAAUUCAGAAAGACAUGCAAGAUCGCUUCCUAUCAACCCACGAGAAACAACAUCAGCAGCAUCUGAAUUUUGAGCUGCAGAGACAAGAGCUUGAUAAUAGGCAAAGAGAGAUGGAGAGGAAACAUGAGAUGAACAUGUUCCAAAUGAUGGUCAGUUCUCUUCAUCAUGAUGGGAACCAUUUAAACCAUGCGCUUGGAAAUGAUAUGGCUGUAAAGCACAGUGCCAGUACUCAAAACUCACCACAAACAUCUUUUCCAGGUUCUAGGAAGCUGCACACAAUGUCCCAGGAGGAAGUGAAAGCCACAUGGCGGACGGCCGAUAUCGUGUGUUUUGAUGUCGACUCAACCGUAUGUAAAGAUGAGGGUCUUGAUGAGCUGGCAGCAUUUUGUGGCGUUGGGGAGAAAGUAGCAGCAUGGACACAGAAGGCCAUGGGAGGAGACGUGUCAUUCCGUGUGGCACUGAGUGAGAGGCUGAAUAUUGUCAAACCAUCAAAACAACAGCUCAAUGAUUUUGUAGCCAACCAUCCCCCUCAACUUAGUGAUGGCAUGAGUGACUUGGUGAGUGCACUGAGACAGAAGGGUCGAACUGUGUACCUGGUGUCUGGGGGGUUUCGGUCCAUCAUUGAACCUGCCGCUGAUCUACUUUCUAUACCUGCUGAAAAUAUCUAUGCCAACAAACUCAAGUUCUACUAUACAGGGGAGUAUGCUGGAUUUGAUGAAAGCCAGCCAACAUCUGACUCCGGCGGCAAGCCCCGUGUGAUGCAGAUCAUCAAGGAUCGUCAUAAAGACAACAAGCUGGUGAUGAUCGGGGAUGGCGCCACGGACUUGGAGGCAGCACCACCUGCUGAUGCUUUCAUUGGCUAUGGAGGGAAUGUGGUCCGAGAGAGUGUCAAGUCCAGAGCUGCAUGGUUUGUUACAGACUUUCAGGAACUAAUCACUGAACUCAACUCAUCUAGCUAGUGGAGAAAUAUGCUUGACAUCACUUUGUAUCACACGGCUUUGGCACGUUGUCAGUCUCAUUAAAAUCAGACCUUAGUUCUCGCUACCGCUAAACAAAGAUCUGAGGACAUCCCAUUAGGGGUCACGUCAGAACAACCUUUCAUCCGACCAAUCAGAGCGUCGUUUCCCAGAUCAUGAAAAUGACAGUCAGAAUGUGAUUUGGAUUCAUGCAACCUAGAAAACUUUAACACAGGGUAUGCUGAAAGGUAGUUAUGGGUUUAAGACUGAAUCUAUACAAUCUAGACCAUAUAUUUGCAAUUCCAGAAUGUUCUUUUGUUCAGGUUUCAAUUUUUUUAAUUGAGAAUUUGUCCAAAUAUGUUUUGAAGCGUAGUCGCUAAUUUGAAUUUAGUGCCGCAAAGCACGAGAAAGCUGCCUUCUUAUUAGUAAAUGUCGACUUAUUGUCAGUCCUUCCAUUGGUCUGUCAAAAUUCGUGCAAGGUUGGUCUGACAGGACCCUGACCCGUAAUGGGAUGUCCUCAGAUCUUUAUUUAGCGAUAGCGAGAACUAAGAUCUGAUUUUAAUGAGAUUGGCACGUUGUGUAUCACUUCUUAUAAUUGUUUUAAUGGUUGGUAUUGGUGAGAGUACUUGAAAACCAAACAAAUUAUACAAAUUGUCAAUUUGGAAAAUGGUAUUUCAAUGCAAGGAAAUCCCAGAUUGUAAUUAUGAAUUAAAUCUUAUGAAAUUUAAACUUUAAGCAAAUUUGUGAUAAGGUUAUGGGAGCAGUGCCAUUGUAAAGGAUUAAAUGGUAUUUGUGUCAUGAUUUGGUUUAAUCACAAAUGUAUUGGCCAAUAUGCAACCAGCUACUUCAUCAUCUGAUUUCUUUCUACUAGGGAGACUAUAACCUCUUUAUUUUUAGCAUGAUCUGCAAGAUGUUAAGAUAUUAAUUAUUAUACUCUUUUAAUAUCCCUGAUUAAAGUUUUUAUCUACUUUUAUGCUGAGCAAGUGGAAUGUUGAGUUUUUCCAGAUAUAAUUGUGUUUUAUUUUGUCACUGUUAUUUUAUUAUGUUGUUAAUGAUGUCAUGCUACUCAGAAUUAAUUCCUAUUUGUAACAUAAUGUAUUAAUUGAAAAAUAUAUUGCACAUUAGGAAUGUAAAUAAUACUUUGUAUUUGAUAAAUGAUAAAAAUGAA